ACAGGCCUAGUGUCAUGCUCAGAUCCUGAGGAUUAAACCUGUAACCGGGAGUGGACUUUGUUCUUGAAACCCACAGUAGGAUUUCAGCAGACACGCCAGUGCUGUAGGCGUCUCCUCAAAUUUCACUCUGCCCAUUAAAUGCGCUAUUGAAGGUGAACAGUUCCGCAAUGGCUUCCACAGUAACAUUUCUUCUGCUCCUGUUUGCCCUUUUAUUUACGGCGACAGUCGCUGAUAAUGACUGCAAGAGCUACAUAUCCAGUGGUGGUGCGUUCAAGAACUCCAUCAAUUGCAAUUUUUUGCAGUUUUGCUGUGGGACCUGUGAUAACAGAUACUGCUGUUCCAAUCCGUCAAUGAUAUUAACCGAAGAUGCUCAAGAAGACUGUUUUUUCAACAACAACAAUUUAAAGCCUAUCGCUAUAGGUGUGACGAUAACGGGGAUUGCGAUCUUCGUUAUUGUCUUCAUCGUCUGCUGUGUCUGUCCCUGCUGCUGUAUCUACAAAAUGUGCAGAAAUCCCAGACCUGUGAUGGGAGCAACAACAACUACAGUCGUAACAACACAAUACCCUCAGCAGCCUGUCAUCCAGGGAGUUCAGUACCCACCAUAUCAACCUGUGCCCCCUCAGUUAGGGUACGGUGCUCAGCCAGCCUAUGGAGGGCAACCCAUGCCAACUGGACCAUAUAAGGGACAGCCAUAUGUAGCAGGACCUCCACCACCAUAUCAGGAGGCUGGCCCAGGAUAUCCUGUUCCCUACAGUCAGGCUGCAUAUGAUGGUGGCCAGGCAGGGUACCCCAUACAACCUCCAGUUCAGCCAGGUUUCGCUCAUCCGCCUCAACCAACAGACUACAGUUCGAAUCAGCCAGCCUACAACCCGAAUCAGCCAGCCUACAACCCUAACUAUGUGGAACCACCAAAGACCGGUUACUAAACCACAAACGUCUGUCACAUUAGUCACCAUUGGAUUGUUGAUGGCUACAUAAUUCCAUAACCAGGUUUCAGAAAAAAGCGCUAUUGUGGAUUUUACAGCUGCCGUGGACAGCAUCCAAUUGUGUUGGGAAUAAAAAUUAUAAUUGUUGUUCAUUAUUAUUAUUAUUAUUGGUGUUUUUAAAGGGAUAGUAAUGUUGUUCCAAACUCGUAUGACUUUCUUUCUUUCAUUGAAUACAAAAGGAGAGUUAUGCUGAACGUUAGGGGCUGACAGCAUCAGUGAAAUUGAAUGGUGACUGAGGAUAACGUUUUGCCUGGCAUCUUUUCUUUUUCUUGCUCCAAGCAAAAAACAAAAAAAGAAAGUCUUACGGUCUUUGGUGGGUUUGUAGAGUAAAUGAUGACUUCAUUUAAGCACCAAUGUAAUUUCUUUUACACGUCAUAAAUCUAUUUUUAUCUACUCCAGCCAUUACUCGUGACUCCAAGCCAUAUUUUGAGCUCAGUUCGUUCUCGUUUUGUUUGUUUUUCUCCAGUGAACAAAAGGGAAAUGUUUUUUUCUAAAAAUAUAUAUAUAUAUAUAUAUAUAUAUAUAUACUUGAGAAACAAUAUCUAAAUAUCCUUAAAAAUAUAAAUAUAUUUACUUUUAUGAUUUAUGAUUUUAAGGCUUGUUUUCAGAGAAUAUACAGUAUCUUGUUUUCAGAAUUUUGUUAGAUUAAUGCUAAAAAAAAAAAAAUGUAAUAACAAAAGUAUUUGAUUUUUCAAUAAUUCAAGAUAUAUUGUCUGAAAAUAAGUUUUAAUAAAUUACUCAAGUUUGCUUCUCAAGUUAAUUUAUUUGAAGUAUAUUUAGAUACUUUUACUGGAAAACAACAAAAAUACAGAUUAAGACUUUUUUUCAGUGCAGUACUCUUUUCCAUCUUUAAAUGUCGUUAAUCGCCUUAAUUAUGAGGCUCAUUAGCUUCAUUUUUGUCCUGAGAACUUGCACACAUGUUUUUGACACUUUAUGGAGGAAUGUGGUUGGUGAACUUAAUGAUUAUCGUAAUUCCAGCUUGCUGUUUAGAUGUUUGUAUUUUCUGCCUGUAUUUUCACCAUUUACAUUUUAUUCAGGUUUAUGCGUCUGUGAAUGUUCCUUAACAUCUGAAGUGUAAUAAUGUGUCUUCAUGUAAAAAGAUCCAGAAUAUGCCUUAUUUAAUGCAGCUUAUGCAGCAAAUUACAUGGUAAUGGUAGAGUUCACCAUUUACUCGCUUUCAUUUCGUUCCAAACCCAAAGGAGGUAAUUGUUACAGGUCUGUAUUAAGCUUUAAUGUCAAGUACAGAUUUCCCAUUGUGUGUUUGUGAGAAUUUAAAAAACAAACAGAUGUUAUUUUUGUUUGGUCACGUUGACGCACAGUUUUGCCGUGAUCAUGGUGAACGUAACAUUUUCUGCAUCAUAUAAUUGCCCAAGUUUAGAGUAUUUAACUUUGUCAGCCUUACUUUUUUAAGUUGAAAAAUGUUUGAUUUGGUGAAAGUUGUAGAAGACUUACUGGGAAACCUGGAACUAGUAGCAAGGGGAAAGUACUUCAGGUAUGUUAAAGGAAGGCAACAACAUGUUUUAGAAAUGUUCCUCAUGAGUUCGUGAUUAUUUGAAAUUUAAAAUAAACACAUGCUUGCUUUUACGAAUGAAAGUCUCUCAAGGUUACAAAAGGCUUAUGACACUUUUGGGCUUCCAUAUUUAGUUUUUAUUUGGUGUAUUGUCAGAUAUUGUUUUUAUAAACUGUGUAAAUGUUAAACUGAUGUUCAAAAGUUUAUAUUACAUGCAUCUCUAUGUUUGCAACAUUAAAUAAAAGUGUUGGAACCAUUA